UACGCGGGUAUAAACCACGCCCCUUUCCCGCUUAGAUACUGGCGGGAGCUGAAAACUAGGAAGCGGCUGCUGCACCGAGCUGCGGAUCAAAACAACAACAAAAACAAGUUUUCGCUUUUACUUUUUAAAUCCAUCAUGGCUUCCGAUCCUGGAGCAGAGUCAGAUAAUGGGAUGUGGGUUAAAACUCGAGAGGCCAUGGCACAUUUCCGGAAGCUACUUUUGUGCUCUAAAUGCUCGAACAUCCUGAGUGAGCCGGUGUGUCUGGGAGCCUGUGAGCAUCUACUGUGCAGGUCGUGUGCGGGUCCUCGGGUGGGAGACGGCUGCAGUGUGUGUCUCAGUCCCUCCUGGGUGAAAGACGUCCACAUCAACAGACAGAUCAGUAACAUCACACAGCUCUUCCUGCAGCUAGAGGCUGUGCUCCAUCCUUCCGAGUGCUCGGCGCCUCCUGCUGAUUCUUCAGCACCCUCGCCGGGAUCCUCCGUCCUCACCAAGAAGAAGAACUUUAAGAUCUGGUUCAGUCCGAAGAGCCGUAAAGUGCGCUGUCGAGCGGAGAACCCAGCAGACUCGAAUCUGUCUGCACCGCAACGCUCCGACUCCGGCGUCCUGUCCGUCUUCAACUUCACCUCCUCCUCCUCCCAGGAUUCAGGCUCCUCCACACCUCCCAGGGUGAGACGAGGGGCUGAGCAGAAGAAGACGAUGACGGGACGAAAGAAACGAAAGCGCGUCGUUAGGAAGCAGAUACGAGGCACCAGGAUUCCGAGUAAGGAAAAGAAGAUGAGGCUGGAGGCCGUGAACCAGCAGUGGGGGUUGGGGAAAGAUGAUCCGGUGGAGGACUCGGUGAAGCAGAACGAGGCGAGGUGCGGUAAGAGGGUAUCCUUCCAGUGUCCAAGCGCUGAAGAAGACCAGCAGGAGGUUCUUCAGUGUGAGAAACGAGUGCUCAGGAGGAGCAUCCUGAAAGACGGGACAGAGAAGACACCUGAUCAAGCGCUCUCUGAGCUCCAGCCUCCUCGUUCUUCUCCGAAAAGAUCCGAACCACGAGGUGGAAGUCCGCAGAGCACGCCGAAGCAUCCCAGACAAGACAGAUCUCCGAGCCAGAGGGUGAGGAGGAGGACGAGAUCAGGUCCGUCUUCAGAGACUUCCAGCAUUUUUGAAAAAUCCGUAGAGGAAAGGAAAGGGAAGGAAAGCUCAGGGAGCUCUCCUGCCACUGGGAGGAGCCAGACUAGCCCCGCCUACAUGAAGAGGAACCAUAAAGGAGAGACGCCUCUGCACCUUGCUGCCAUUAAGGGUGACGUGGAGAUGACGAAAGCGCUCCUGGAGCAGGGAGCCGACCCCAACCUGAAGGACCACGCCGGCUGGACCCCACUGCACGAGGCGUGUAACCUGGGUCACAUGGGUGUAGUGGAAGUGCUGCUCCAGCAGGGGGCGCUGAUUAACACACCCGGAUACGAGAACGACUCUCCUCUACACGACGCCGUGAGGAACGGCCACGCCUCUGUCGCCAAACUACUGCUUCAGCACGGCGCCUCGACCACUGUACUGAAUAUAUUUGGUCUUCGACCUGUUGAUUACGCCACGACUCCAGAAAUGCGAGAGGUCCUAAGUUUGGUCCCUGAGGGACCUCAUUCCGUAACCACGCCAGUGAGCUCUCCAGGAAAUCUGUCAAAGUCUCCAGCUCUGAUGAAGAAGGAUGUCAAGGCCACUCUGAUCGGUAGUAAACUGACAGCGGAUCAGCAGAACCAGCUCGCCAAAGCUGCUCGAGUCCUGCGAGGAAGACGAGUCGAGAGUUUCUCCAGCGCAGUCACACAUGUGGUAGUGCCGGAUGGUCCCAUGCCCUCCACCCUCACCGUCCUGCAGGGAAUCCUCAACGGCUGCUGGGUCCUAACCUUCAGAUGGCUGGCGGAGUGUCUGCAGCAGGGCCGUCGGAUAGAGGAGAGCGAGUUCGAGGUGGCCGAGGGUCCUCAGAGGGCUCGGGCGAACAGAGUCAGUCUGUUGCCUCCUCUCUUCAACGGCUGCUUCUUCUACCUGCUCGGCUCUUUCCACAAGCCUCCCAGAGACGAGCUGGUGCAGCUGGUGAAGGCAGGAGGAGGCCAGCUGCUCAGCCGGCAGCCCAAAGCCGACAGCGACGUGACUCAGACGGUAACGGCGGCGGCGUAUCACGCUCGGCCCGACUCGGAUCAGGCGCUCUGCACUCACUACAUCCUGUACGAGCCGCAGAGCUCGAGCAGACCCGGGCCGGUCCGUCUGGGCAAAGUGUGGUCAGCUCCUUCAUCAUGGCUUCUGGACUGCAUCAGGGCCUUCAGCCUCCUUCCUGUGCCCGAGCUCUGACUCGUCUUUAUGCCCCGAAUACGUGACGGGACACAAAUCAUGAAUAUGCAAAUCGUCAUCGCAUCUCUGAUCUUCCGCAUUACCGAGCGUCGUGUACGAGACAAUACUCCGAGCUCUUUUGAUGGCAUCGCUGUAAAAGAUCAACAGGCCUUACAUUUUCGCUCUCACACGUGCACGUUCCUAAACUCCAAACAGCCGUAAACGACUAAGCGCGUUCAUGGCACGGCUGAUUUCCGUUUAGCCACGCCUACAAAACUCCAUGAAAGGAAAGUUCGCAGAGAGCCGAAAACAACUACUAAAUGGUGAAAACCUGGUGCACUUUUUGUCUUAUUUGCCUUGAUUAAUGGAUGUUUCGAAUCGCAUUCGCGUAUAAAAUCGCAGUUACUCAUCAGCAGUUAUACGAUUUGAAGUUGAUCAUGUAUUCUACGUCCACAGGAGAGACUUUCCUUAUAUGUAAAUGUACACAAACUGAUGGGAUUUUCCUGAACAGCACUUUUUUUUUUUUUUUUUUUUUUAAAGCUCCUGCGCAUGAAUAAAUUUGUUAGAUAAAUUGUUAGUUUCUAGAUUAAGAAUCUGCAUGAACUCUUUUUGUUUUGUUUUUUAAUAUAGCCGUUAUUUUGGGGCACGGUGGCUCAGUGUUAGCACGUUUGCCUCGCACCCUGUGUGUGUGGAUCUUACAUGUUCUCCCCAUGCUUCCUAGAUUUCCUCCAGGCACUCCGGGUUCCUCCCCCAGUCCACAGACAUGGCUGAUUUGCAUCUUUAAAUUGCCUGUAGUGUGUGAACGUGUCCUGAAAUGGGUCGGCACCUCGUCCAUGGUGUCCCCCAGCUUGUAGGAUAGGCUCCAUAUUCCCGGCGACCCUGUGUAGGAUAAGCGGUGUGGAAAAUGGCUGAGUGGAGGGAUGGGUAGCCAUUAUUUCAAGCCACAUACACUCUUAGGCACGUGUUUUUCUUUGUUUGUUUUUUUUCUGUGAAAUGAAACGUAUCUCAUGAAAUGUACAAUAAAGAGCAAUAAAAC